AUGUUGCCGCCCACCAGCCCUUUGGGGAAGGCCUUUGUAACCCAGGACAUCCCCCUCUACCACAACCUGGAGAUGAAACACCUGCCUGGGGCCGACCCUGAGCUCGUGCUGCUGGGCCACCGCCACGAGGAGCUGGAGCGCAUCCCACUGAGCGACAUGACCCGCGAGGAGAUCAACGCGCUGGUGCAGGAGCUCGGCUUCUACCGCAAGGCGUCGCCCGACGAGCCUGUGCCCCCUGAGUACCUGCGGGCGCCCGCGAGGCCCGCCGAAGGCGAUCCGGACCGUGGGGACCUGUAGGUCG